AUGGCAACAACCUCUUUCGAUCUCGUCUCCAAUGAGACUCAGCAGAAGAUGGAAUUGUUCUUGGACGUAGCAUGGAGUCGUUUGAGGGCUUCGGGCUUCACUCAUAAGGCUUGCAAACAACGCUUCAUUGAAAGCAGGGAUAAUUUCAGGGAGCGAACUGUCCGCAUGGCGGUGCAGGCUUGGAAGACGGAUCUCGCGGCUUGUACUGCUGAGUUUUUCGUUCAGCGAUUUGUCGAGACGAUGUUCUACGGCGCCUGUAACUACAAACUGGCCCGUUUUGGGUCAUUCACUACCGCGACAGACAAAGUGCCACUCGCGCCGGAGUUUCUGGAGGCGAUUGGCAUGACCGAGGCCGAGGUUCUGCAACUGUCGAUGCUCAAGAGCCCCGUGGAGGAAGGCAAAUCAAAUAUGCAUGUGGUGUCAGACCAUAUCAAGGCAUCAACUUCGCGACCGGUAGUACCAAAUCCUAUGGCUGCGAUACAUGUAUCGAGAGCGCUGGAGCAGUGGAUGAAGGGCGUGCAAUUAUCCGACAACGAUACAUCGACGCUUGGAACGAGGAAGAACGAUGAGCCCGAGGCAACUGCACGGAAACAUGGACGCCGAGAUGAUGGGCAGAAGAUGCCAUUAAGCUCUUCCAUCACGAAUUCUAAGCCUGUGCAAUGGACAGGUGUUCCCUUGACUGCCGCGGAACAGCACCUUAUGAACACCGAUCUCAUGAACGUCAUCUGGAACACCAAGAUCAGUGAACGUCUCAAGCCUGAUCAUGGGCCAGGAAUCUUCGAGGUGAGAAUCCUCAAGGACGCGGCCUGGUCGCUGCUCGGCAAGGACAUCAACAGAGUCUUCGCACUGAUCGCCCUGCGGGGGCCCAUUCGACUUCACACAUUCCAGUCGGGCAGGUUCUUGCACAUCGGUUUGUGGAUCAAGCGAGGUCAGACUGAGGGAGAGAUGGGCAAGGUGAUCCACUACAGCAUGGUGGAGAUGUUCCGCCUUCUGAGGCAGUGGUCUCUUCAAGCACAGGACAGUGAGAAGGCGCAGUGCCUCGCGGACUUUCUUGAGGUUUGGUAUCGCUAG